AGGUUCCCCCCAUACACACGAUGAAGCGGACCAAGGCGACGAAGGCAGGUCCCUCCAAGAAGCCCGCCAAAAAGCAGGAGGACAGCUCAAAGGAAGAGGAACAAAGUGAGCAGGACAGUAGUGAUGCGGAGCCAUCCACUUCGAAGGCUUUGCUGGCUUCCAAGCCGGAUUACCAGAACUUCGAGCAGUUCCUUACCCACCUGGAACACCAGCGAUCCUGCACGGCGCCCAGCAUUCAGGAAUUCUCCUUCCGGAAGAAGCGAGUGCGUGUCCUGUCCAAAACAGAAGAUGUGAAGGAAUCCUCCGACGGAGGCGUCGUCUAUUGGAUGUCCCGCGACGGCCGCGUCCAGGACAACUGGGCCCUGCUCUUCGCCCAGCGUUUGGCGCUCAAGUUGGAGCUGCCGUUGUCGGUGGUCUUUUGCCUGGUUCCCAAAUUCCUGAAUGCCACCAUCCGGCACUACAAGUUCAUGAUGGGCGGCCUGCAGGAGGUGGAGCAGCAGUGUCGCUCCCUGGCCAUUCCCUUCCACCUGCUAAUGGGUCCCGCCGCGGAGAAGCUGCCGGAAUUCGUGAAAUCCCGGAACAUAGGAGCCGUAGUCUGCGACUUUGCCCCGCUGCGCUUGCCGCGCCAGUGGGUCGAGGAUGUGGGCAAGGCGCUGCCCAAGAGCGUGCCGCUGGUGCAGGUCGAUGCCCACAAUGUGGUUCCCCUGUGGGUGGCCUCGGAUAAGCAGGAGUACGCUGCCCGCACCAUUCGCAACAAGAUCAACUCGAAGCUGGGCGAGUUUCUCAGCGAAUUUCCGCCCGUGGUGCAGCAUCCGCAUGGAACGGGCUGCCAGGAGGCGAAACCCGUGGACUGGGAAGCUGCCUAUGCCAUGCUGCAGUGCGACAUGGACGUGGACGAGGUGCAGUGGGCCAAGCCGGGCUACAGGGCGGCCUGCCAGCAGCUCUACGAGUUCUGCACCCGCCGGUUGCGCAAAUUCAACGACAAACGGAACGAUCCCACGGCAGACGCCUUGUCCGGACUCUCGCCUUGGCUCCACUUUGGCCAGAUUUCGGCCCAGCGCUGCGCUCUGGAGGUGCAGCGCUUUCGGGGACAACACAAGGCAUCCGCGGAUGCCUUUUGCGAAGAGGCCAUUGUGCGUCGCGAGCUGGCGGACAACUUCUGCUUCUACAACGAGCACUAUGAUAGCCUGAAAGGCCUCAGUUCGUGGGCCUACCAAACCCUAGAUGCACAUCGCAAGGACAAGAGGGAUCCGUGCUACAGCCUAGAAGAACUAGAGAUGUCCCUCACCUACGACGACCUUUGGAACUCCGCGCAACUGCAGCUGGUGCGCGAGGGCAAGAUGCACGGCUUUCUGCGCAUGUACUGGGCCAAGAAGAUUCUCGAGUGGACCGCCACCCCGGAACAGGCACUGGAGUUCGCGAUCCUGUUGAACGACAAGUACAGCCUCGACGGACGCGAUCCCAACGGCUAUGUCGGCUGCAUGUGGUCCAUUGGCGGUGUCCACGACAUGGGCUGGAAGGAGCGCGCGAUAUUCGGCAAGGUUCGGUACAUGAACUAUCAGGGCUGCCGGCGCAAGUUCGAUGUGAACGCCUUUGUCAUGCGAUACGGCGGUAAGGUGCACAAGAAGAAAUAAAACGUUUGUUCUCUUUGCCUUAGUUUUGAAUGCAAGCCAAGAGCAUUGUUUUAUUUAACCAUAGAUCCAAGAGGCUUUAUAAAAUAUGACAAAAUUACAGUUA